AUGCAAUUUUUCUUGAAACUACCAUCAGACUCUGAACUUGAUAGCUAUCUUCAGAAAGAGCCCAGAAGCGAGGACUGGACUGACAGUGGCCACUCUGAUAGUAGUCCUCAUUUGACUCUGUCUGAUAAUAUUAUGCUGGAUCAAGAAUUCUGGACCAACAAUCCUGCUUGUCAACUUCUUAGGCAGCAUGUUCUUACUCAGUCUGAGCCAAAACCAGUGGCCACACAAGAGGAGGUACUACGAGAUUGGAUUGAUGAUAUCUUCCUUGAAUUUGAACAAUACAUAGUGCCCUUGAAGACUCUUUCCAGUGAUGACAGCAUCACAGAGCCGGAAUUGGAUGAACCCAUACAACAUAUAGUGCCCUUGAAGACUCUUCCCAGCGAUGACAGCAUCACAGAGCCAGAAUUGGACAAUCACGAACAACAUACAGUGGUAUUACCAACACCUAAACCUAUUAUUCCGAAGCUUGAUCGGAAGUGGUUCAAAACACCAAGUCCACCCCCUCCAGACUCAAUCUAUUGGAAGUACUUCACACAAGACGAAGAGGCACACUUUUAUGAUUGUUCUCAGAUGGACAAGUCCUUUCAGGCUGUGCGGGAGCUUAAACAUCAACUUCAGCUGUCUCUUGAUGAGGAAUUACACAAAUGA